AUGUUACUACUGUACAUAGCCAUGGUAUUUGGCAACAACCAAGCCAGCUUUAUCCAGUCUGCCAUGAAGCUGAACACCACCACCCAGGCCGCACUUAAGGACAUGUUGGAGGUUUUCAUGGAGUCCUCAGACCACAAAAUACCACCUAACUUUGCUGAUAUAUUAAAGUGCAGUGUAACCUUGCCAGCACCUAGCAGACGCGUCUCGUCUCGUCUGGAUGACGUGUUUGUGUCCGCGCCUGUAUCAUCUGUCUCAAGGGGGAAGGGACGGGAACUGCGAAGGUCCUCCUCCUGUUGUAGUCUGCUUAGCUCUCGAGCCAGCAUCAACUCUUCCAUGGUGGUGUCCCCUAGCCCCCUGGCCAGGGCUAUAAGCAUGACAUCACUGAAGGGGGCGUAUUCUCCAUACCUGAGCCAUGUGUACUCCAGUUCUCCACAGUCCCCUCUCAAGGCUCUGGUGGACUCGCCCCAACUGGCACACAAGAUGGCUGCUAUUGAUAGGGAGAAGCUGAAAAAGCAGGAGAGACUUCUUAGACAAAAAGAACAGGAAAUCAAGCGCUUGGAAAGCCUCUUGAACUCAGAAAUUCAUUUGAAGUCUGAACUACAAAGGGAUUUACAAGAGAAGAACAAAGAAAUUGUGCUGUUUGAGGCAAAAUGCAAAGAAGUGGCCAGGUUGCAACACCAGCUUGUCUUGGCGCAGGAUGACUUGGAUCACAUGAAUGCACUGAGGGAAGAGGCAAAAAAGACUGAGAACGAAUUUGCACGGUUGAAAAUGCAACUGAGUGCACAGAAUGAUCUGAAAGAGAGAAACAAGAAGCUGGAAGCAGAGACAACAGAGCUGUAUGCAGAGCGGGCUUCUUUGAAUGAGGAGCUCAAGCGAUGUCAGAGCCUCCUUACCACCACGCAAAACCAAAAAGAGGCUCUGCUCAAGACCGAGGCCCAGAUGGGGGGCACCCUUGAGGCCCAGAAGCAGGAGUUGCUCUCCUACCAGCGCCUGUAUAAUGACACAAAGGUUCAGUUGACGGAGGUCCAGGGGCUCUACCAGGAGGCCACGCUGGAGCUGAAGGUGGCCAGGGAAAACAUGCAGAAUGCACAAACAUUUUCUGAAGGUGAAUGCAUGACCAUAUUCACAGAGAAGAGAGUCAUGGAGUUACAGGAGGAGCUGGCCAGCUGGAAAUCACAGGUUGCUGGACUGAGGACAGAAGUAGAGGCUAAAGAGCAACAGCUGAAAGAGGCAGAAAUUGAAGCGGGCAGAAAGCAGUCAGACAUUGAGCUCCUAAGGCAGGAGGAAGGUCAGCGCCAGCAGGAAAUUGCCAGUCUGUACCAGAGCCUGAAUACGUUGAAAGCCAGUCAGGCCAAGGGUGAGGCAGAAAUCAGGAAACUGCAGCAUGGGCUGGAGUUGAAGACACAACAGGCGGAGGAUACAGAACUGCGUGCCAGCCAACACGUCCGCGAGAUGGGAGAGAGGUGUGCUGAGGAGAUACUGGAGGCCAAACAAAGUCACGAGCAGAAAGUGGGUCAGUUGCAGAAAGAGAUUGAAUCCCUGAAGUCUGAGUGCUCCAAAGCAAAUGGCCAGAUCAGGCAAUUGGAGGGAAAGCUUCAGAUUAAUGAAAAGCAGAUGACAUACACUGAGGAACAGGCGAGCCACAGAGUUACGGAGAUUGAGGAGAAAUACGUGUCUCAGUUGAAAGAGGAGCAGGAGAGUUACCAGCGUAGAAUGUCACAGCUGUACCAGGACAUCGAGGCUCUGAAAACUAAACUGACCAAGGCGGAAAAUGACAACAGUCAGCUAAAGGAGACAUUGGGUGCCAAAACUGAGGAAAUGGAAACAGCUGAAAAGCUUUCUUCUGAGAGGUUGGCUAAACUGGAAAAAGACUACAGCGGCAAGUGUCAGCAGCUGGAUGCUGAACAGCAAGCAGCAAGUGAGAUACUUGCUGAACUGAGAGAGAAAUACAGUGCCAAAUGCCAAGAGAUGGAGGAAGCUGAAACACAGGCCUCUGAGAAGUUGUCUGCUAUGGAAAAGCAGUGCAGUAAGAAGUGUCAGGAACUUGAGACAGAACUGAAGCAGGCCAUGGAGAAAAGGGGUGAGAUUGAGAAGCAACACAAAUCCGAGUUAGCUGCAGAGAGGCUGGCACACCAGAAGACCGUCGCACAGCUGGAAUCACAUCUUGAGUCUCAGAAGACAUCUUGCUUCUCUUUGGAUGAGACAGUUGCCCAGUUGAAAGAAGAGCUGGUGAGAUCACGCCAGCUGGUUGUAGAGAACAGUGAGAAGUAUGAAGCGCAGCUUAGUCAAGAGAGGGAAGAGCACUCUGCACAAGUGUCAGUACUGAGGCAGCUGAUUGAAGAGGCCAACUCCAACCACGAUCAGGCUAAAGCACAGGUGACCCUCUUGCAAAGUGAAUUAGAAAAGAAAGUGCAGGAAAUGGAAGCUGCUGAACUCUGCUACAAAGAAAAAGUGGAUACUCUUAAGAAAGAACGCGAUGAACAGAUUCAGAAUCAGAAUGACAUCCACAUGAAGGAAAUGGAGACAGUUAAAAAAGAAAUGGAGACUUUGAAGGAACAGUCUGAGGCUGCAGUGUUCAAAGUACAGGGGUUGUUGGACAGUAAAACACAGGAGUUGGAAAAUGUCCAGAAACANGAAAUCAGGAAACUGCAGCAUGGGCUGGAGUUGAAGACACAACAGGCGGAGGAUACAGAACUGCGUGCCAGCCAACACGUCCGCGAGAUGGGAGAGAGGUGUGCUGCGGAGAUACUGGAGGCCAAACAAAGUCACGAGCAGAAAGUGGGUCAGUUGCAGAAAGAGAUUGAAUCCCUGAAGUCUGAGUGCUCUAAAGCAAAUGGCCAGAUCAGGCAAUUGGAGGGAAAGCUUCAGAUUAAUGAAAAGCAGAUGACAUACACUGAGGAACAGGCGAGCCACAGAGUUACGGAGAUUGAGGAGAAAUACGUGUCUCAGUUGAAAGAGGAGCAGGAGAGUUACCAGCGUAGAAUGUCACAGCUGUACCAGGACAUCGAGGCUCUGAAAACUAAACUGACCAAGGCGGAAAAUGACAACAGUCAGCUAAAGGAGACAUUGGGUGCCAAAACUGAGGAAAUGGAAACAGCUGAAAAGCUUUCUUCUGAGAGGUUGGCUAAACUGGAAAAAGACUACAGCGGCAAGUGUCAGCAGCUGGAUGCUGAACAGCAAGCGGCAAGUGAGAUACUUGCUGAACUGAGAGAGAAAUACAGUGCCAAAUGCCAAGAGAUGGAGGAAGCUGAUACACAGGCCUCUGAGAAGUUGUCUGCUAUGGAAAAGCAGUGCAGUAAGAAGUGUCAGGAACUUGAGACAGAACUGAAGCAGGCCAUGGAGAAAAGGGGUGAGAUUGAGAAGCAACACAAAUCCGAGUUAGCUGCAGAGAGGCUGGCACACCAGAAGACCGUCGCACAGCUGGAAUCACAUCUUGAGUCUCAGAAGACAUCUUGCUUCUCUUUGGAUGAGACAGUUGCCCAGUUGAAAGAAGAGCUGGUGAGAUCACGCCAGCUGGUUGUAGAGAACAGUGAGAAGUAUGAAGCGCAGCUUAGUCAAGAGAGGGAAGAGCACUCUGCACAAGUGUCAGUACUGAGGCAGCUGAUUGAAGAGGCCAACUCCAACCACGAUCAGGCUAAAGCACAGGUGACCCUCUUGCAAAGUGAAUUAGAAAAGAAAGUGCAGGAAAUGGAAGCUGCUGAACUCUGCUACAAAGAAAAAGUGGAUACUCUUAAGAAAGAACGCGAUGAACAGAUUCAGAAUCAGAAUGACAUCCACAUGAAGGAAAUGGAGACAGUUAAAAAAGAAAUGGAGACUUUGAAGGAACAGUCUGAGGCUGCAGUGUUCAAAGUACAGGGGUUGUUGGACAGUAAAACACAGGAGUUGGAAAAUGUCCAGAAACAAGCUCUCGUGAAACAGCAACAAAUGGACUCAGAGAUGGAAAAUGUGAAAGAGCAGUUGGAGAGUGAGAUUGCCCAGCUCAAAGAACAACUGGAGAUUGGGUCCCGGAACAUGAGUGAUCUAAAACAGCAAGAUGAUCUAAAACUGCAGAAGUUAGAAGCAGAAUUGGACGCUUUGAAGCAGGAAUCAGAAAGGGAGACUGCAAGGUUGGGGAAUUUACUGACCAGCAAAACUCAAGAAAUGGAAAAACUCAGACAAGAGUUAGAGUCUCAAGUUCAGAGGUUGAAACAACAUCUCAGUGACAUGGAGGAAAAGCAUGCUGACAAAAUUAGAUUGGAAAAUGAAAACUACCAGCAAGCAAGCAGACAACUUGAAGAAAUGGAGACCAUGAAGACCUCGGCAGAGGCAAAAAUCUCUCAGUUACAGAGUGAUCUGGACAAUAAAACUCAACUACUUCGUGAGACAAAGACUGAAUUGGGUGCCAAGAUGGCUGAGAUGGAAGGCAGCUAUCUUACUCAGAUUAGUAGUCUGCAAACCAGUCAUGAGGAGAGCAGGGCACAGCUCAGUGCAGAACUGACAGCUGCCAGAGAAACCAUCUCAAGUUCAAAGCUGCAAAUAACUCAGCUUCAAAAUGCUUUGGAUUCCAAGACCCAGCUUAUAAAAGAGCUAGAGAACAAGUCCAGCGAAAGGGUGGCGUACACUGAGGAAAAAUACAUCUCCCAGCUAUCCAGGCUUGAGACUGACUUUGAAAAGCUCAAGGAUCACUACGAUCAGUCCCUGGAGCAGAUUAAAACCCAGCAGGCCAGUUUAGAGGCCAGAGGUCAGCUGGUGAAGGAGACGGAACUGCGGGCCAAUCAGAGGCUGUGUGACAUGGAGCAGGAGUACGAGGACCUCUUGAAGAAGGAGAAGGACCGUCAGCAACAGAGAGUCAAGGAACUGGAGCAUGAGAUAGAGAUGCUCAAAGCAGACUAUGCUAAAGCACAGAAUCUCAUGGAAAAAAUGCGCAAGACAGCAGCAGACCACCAGAGGCAGUUGUCACAGGCCUCGGCCAUGAAUAAGUCCUUGAGAUCGCAGUUGGAAGACCUGGAAAGAGAGAGGUCUGGAGCAGCAGAACGACUGAGCAGUGAGCAACAAGGACACCGUGCUGAGGUAGAAAAGCUGAAGAAGCAGCUGACUUCAACUCAGAGGGAGAGAGAGGAGGAAGGAGUAAUAAACAAAAGACUUGCCAAGCAGAUAAACUCUCUGGAAGCCCAGAUAGAGCAUGCCAACAGGCAAAUCAGAGAACUAAAAGAAAAAGAGGAGAAAAGAGUGUUUGCCACCCCCAGAUACACUCCUCAUUUCCCUGCUGCAGCCAAAAGUCUAUCUAAAAAAGAAACAACAUUUGAUGGCAGUAUGGAAUAUCUUGAUGACUCUCUGGAGGAGAAGAAGCCAAUGUCUGUGAAUGAGCUGAGAAGUACGUCAAGUGAUGAGGACAUCAGAAAUAGUGCACAUGAUGCCAGCUUUACCUCAGUGGGAGAUGGGUUUGCACACCCUAUGACCUUGAGGAGUCACCAUCCUGCCAAGAGACUCAGUGUGUCCAGCACAACCAGCUCCAGUUUUGAACCAACGCGGUCCGCUGGUGUGCCUCGUGGCGCUGGUAACCUAUUUGCAUGUGAAGAAGAGCCAGACAUGGACUUUAACUGGGACAGCCUUAGUGAGCUCCAGAGGAGAAACACCCUGUGCUUGCCACACCUGAGGUCUGCGUACCCCCUCAUUACACAGCCCCAGGACAUCAGUGAAGACAUGAUGAGGUCUGGUCUACCCUCCAAUGUCACCAGUGAGAAUCUACAGGGUAGCCUAGGUGGAAUGUCCACUAGAAGUGGUAAAAAGAGGCAGUCUGGAGAACAUGAUGCCGGGGAAGACAGAAAGAAAUCAAAGACGGCUAAGCCAUCUACCCCAGGGACCCCCAACACUGGGAAGAGGACACCACGCAGUGGACGAAAGUCAAGGACUCCAAAAAUAAGCCGAAACUGUCAAGAGAACAAGUCUCAGAAGCUAAAGAGACAAACUGGAGCUAUAGCUUUUAACAUAGGAUUUUCCCCAAAGGUGUCUGAUAGAAAGAAGGGAAAGAUUGGCUCCUCCAGAACUACGCCCACCAGUCAGAUCAAUCAGCCUUCAGAGUCCAAACGCUCCUUGAAGCUUUUCAGUAAGGUGAAGAGAAAGCCUCUUGGAAGUUGGAAUGCAUAAGAAGACUGGUGAUGUACCCAAACCCCACAGAAUAAAGAUUUUAUCUCAUCUCUGAAGUUCAAACAAUGUAUUAAAUAAUAGUUGAGUGUGUAAUGCUCAAGAUAAAAGGUUAUUUUGACUGCAUGAUAUCAAUCACAAUUUGCACUUUAGGCAAUGUUUAAUAAAGAAAAUGUAAAUGUGCCAUGUGAAACACUUGAUGGAUCGCAUGUGAUUUAUGAUUUACUAAUAGACACAGCAUGUUUAUCAAUAUAGGCACAAAGAUGAAUAUUUUGUUACCGAAAACUCCUCUUUGCUUUAAGUAUUUAGUGCAAGUAUUAUAGGGUCCAGCUCAGUACCAAAUAAGGUGGUUAGGUCUAAAACAUUUUAAAAGAUACUUAUUGUCCUGGUAAUUAAGGAUCCGAGUUAACACACAUAUUAAGUAAUACCGUGGUGAUGGUUUAUGUCUGUGUUUUAUUCAGUUAGAGUAAAAAAUGUAUCAUGUCAUGGUAAUAUAUACUUCCACCAUUGUAUUUGAUAUGGCAAUUGUGUAGUGUGUAUGUGAAGUGGAAUUGAAAGAAUGUAUGAUAUGUAUGUAAUUACAUAUGUUUUGUUUAUAUGUAAAAAGAAAAGAUUUGCAUUGAAACCUGGGAGCUGAUUUCACAUGCUGCCAGGAAUUUCUUAAUUUGAGGUUAAAAUCAGGUCAGAACUAGCUUCUGAUCAUAUUUUUCUUCUCUUAUUUAUCAAACUAGACCCAAAUCUAGACUUUGUGUGAAACCAACUUUUUUUCAUGAAAUAAUUUGAAAUGUCUCCAGGAUGUAUCGAGUGGUAAUAGUGACAUACUUGGUCAUAGAACUUUAGAGUAAUGACAUUAAUUUAGUUAUAUUCUUGUUACGACAUUUGUACUUGGAGUUAAAAAAAGUGUCUUCACAUUUGUAGAAAUUGCGUCAUUGUCAAGUCCAGUGGAGUAUGGGUGGGAGGGGGCUCUAGAGUAGAGGUGAAAGAAGAUCUGAAUUCACUCUUUGGCUAAUUUUGAUUUUACUACAAUAUUAGCGGUGCAUCAUGAAAUAUACAUUUUCUGGUUCUCCUGGAAGUAUCGAGUGACAUGAGUUUUGACUUGGAUUUGGAUAUUGUUAUGGAAAGUGGUUAGCAUGUAACAUGGGGGUCAGCUGACAUCACUGCAAAUGGUAUCAGGAUCCAGAUCAAAUGUUGGUUAAAAACUCGUCUGUGCUCUUGAGAAUAGUAUGAUAGAACACAGUUUUGUAAAUAUGUGUCCUGUAACUUAAAUCAUUGUAUGAAUAGUAAUUAAAUGUAUAUUUGUUUAACA